AUGGCACAGAACCCUAUAACUCACCACAUCCCCUACAACCCCGCCAACGUCCAAAUCGUCUCUGAACGCCCCCAGAAGCGCAUCGAGAUCGUCGAGCCGGACCCCGCCUGGCCCGCUGCUUUUGCCGUCAUCGAGGCACGCAUCAAAGCUGCUCUACCUCAAGGCAACCUUCUCUAUAUCCAACACGUCGGGAGCACCAGUGUUCCCAACCUCCCUGCAAAGGCUGUCAUUGAUGUGGAUGUGGUUGUUGUCGAUCCUACAGCGGAAGAAUCCUACGUCCCCGCUCUCGAAAAUGCAGGGUUUCAGUUUCUCCUCCGCGAGCCCAAGUGGCAUGAGCACCGGCUGUUUGGAUGCGACGAGCCUUAUGCCAAUAUCCAUGUUUUUGCGCCUGACAGUCCUGAGCUUGUGAGGCAUAGGCUCUUUCGAGAUUGGCUAAGGGAUCCAACGCAUGAAGCCGAUAGGGAAUUGUACGCCGGCGUGAAACGACAGGCAGCAGUAGAGAGCCGGGAGGCAGGGGAGACGGUCAUGCAAUAUAAUGAUCGAAAGGAGCCUGUCAUUCGAGGGAUCUUGAGGAAGGUGUAUGAGGCGCAUGGAUUGCUGGGGGAUAACCCCGCGGAUAUAUAAACUGAAACGCAUAUCAGGCAUAUCCGUAAACUAAAUAUGAGCGCCUCUUAAAACCCAUUAUGGAGAGACGGUCAGAGCCAAUAGGCAACUGCGCUAUGGAAAAUAGUCUACUAGCAUUUUUUUCAGUCUCGGU